CUUUCAGAGAGCUACCACUGGGCUAUGAAAUGGAAAAGUUGUGGUUCAAUGAUGGAUGAGAAAUUCAUUCCAUUACAUUCCAACAUGGAAGCUUUUAUUCAAUUGGUCAUUGAACAUCCAAAACCAUAUGCAGAAACCUCAAUCGUGCCCAAAGUUGAAGCUAUUAUAAAUGACUCUGGUUCAAUAUUUUCCAUUUGUCAUUAAUUUUUACUGUUAAUGAAUCUUACCUCACUAGAUAUUAGAGCAGCAAAGAAAACAAGAUGGGAAGUGAGCUUGUUGAUCUGCCUAUGAAGCUUCUCAUGCCUUCUUCUUCAGAUAACAUCAAAGAAAUUGCAUUCAAAACCAUUCCUUCUAUGUCAAAGGUUGAGAUUAAGAGGGUCCUAUCAAGUUAUGGUUUUGAAGUUGAAAAGGUAAGGACACUAAAUAUGCAGGGCAAGAAGAAGAGGAGAGGGGGUCGCAUCGUUGCUAGACCUAAUUACAAGAAAGCUUAUGUAACUUUGAAGAAUCCAUUAUCCGUUGCUGCUGACCUCUUCCCUGCUUAUGCAAUUGAAAAGGAGAGAACAAGCUCAAGAAAGCAUUCAAAAUCAAGUUAUGUUCAAGAAGAUGAUGUAAAAUCUCAUUGGCUUGACAAAGAGGAGUGCAGGGAUAUACCUGAGAAACAUAGUUGGAGAGGCAGCAGUAACUUGUGUACCAUUGGGACCUUGGGGCAAGUACAUUUGUCAAGCAGUGAGAGAUAUUCUUCAAGGUAGUUGAUAGGUUCUUGAGAAACUCUCUUUUGUGUACAGUGCACUAAUUUUCUGAAUUUUUCCAAUUUUUUUGUACA